AUGCCGCGGAACCGCAGCGGCGUCGACGGCGGCGGUCCCGCGCCGUGGCUGAGCGCCCCUUCGGCUCAUGGAGCCAAAGACAGUUUGGACGCCGAGGCUGCGCGCCCUCCGUGCGCCUCCGCUUCCUCGCGCUCCGGCUCGGCCACCGAGGGCCAGCGCGGGAAACGGGACGCGCGCCUCAGCCUGCUCGGGAAGCCGCUGCUGUACGGCGCGCACGGCGGCCGCCGGAACGCGCGUUACCGGCGCGUGCAGAACUGCCUGUACAACCUGCUGGAGAGACCGCGCUCGUGGGCUUUCGUCUAUCACGCCUUCGUGUUUGUGCUGGUGUUUGGCUGCUUGGUGCUCUCCGUCUUCUCCACCAUUCCAGACCACACAGAAAUGGCAUCCCGCGCCCUCUUCAUACUGGAGUUUGUGAUGAUCGUAGUGUUUGGGCUGGAGUAUAUUGUCCGCAUCUGGUCUGCGGGCUGCUGCUGCAGAUACAGAGGAUGGCAGGGACGACUGCGCUUCGCACGAAAGCCUUUCUGUAUCAUAGAUAUCAUAGUGCUGAUAGCCUCGGUCGCCGUGGUUUCGGCUGGUAGCCAGGGCAACAUCUUUGCUGCCUCAGCACUACGAAGCCUCCGCUUCCUGCAGAUCUUGCGCAUGGUGCGCAUGGACCGCCGCGGAGGCACCUGGAAGCUGCUAGGAUCCGUAGUUUAUGCACACAGCAAGGAGCUGGUGACUGCCUGGUACAUUGGCUUUCUGGUGCUGAUCUUUUCCUCCUUCCUGGUCUACCUUGUGGAGAAGGAGUUCAAUAAAGAGUUUUCCACCUACGCUGAUGCACUCUGGUGGGGCACGAUCACUCUGACCACCAUAGGCUAUGGGGAUAAGACUCCUAAGACGUGGACUGGACGCAUGCUGUCUGCUGGCUUCGCCCUCCUCGGCAUCUCCUUCUUCGCUCUGCCUGCAGGUAUCCUGGGUUCAGGCUUUGCUCUGAAGGUUCAGGAGCAGCACAGGCAGAAGCACUUUGAGAAGAGAAGGAACCCUGCAGCCUGCCUUAUACAGUGUGUUUGGCGUAGCUAUGCGGCUGAUGAAAACUCGGUUUCCAUUGCUACCUGGAAGCCUCAUUUGAAGGCGUUGCAUACCUGCAGUCCUACAAAGAAGGACCAAGCUGAGACGUCCACAAGUCAGAAGCUGAGCUUUAAGGACCGGGUGAGGAUGGCCAGUCCUCGGGGUCAGAGCAUUAAGAGCAGACAAACAUCAGUGACUGACCGCCGCUCUCCAGGUGCUGAGAUCAACACUGAGGCCUCCAGUCCAGCCAAGGUCCAAAAGAGCUGGAGCUUUAAUGACCGCACCCGCUUCAGACCCUCCCUCCGCCUCAAGAGUCAGUCACGCUCCACCACCGACGCUGAGUCUAAUGUGGGAGCAGAGGACACUUUCGAUGACAAAGGCUGUCACUGUGAAAUGUCUGCUGAUGAUCUGCAGCCAGCCAUUAAGACAGUCAUCCGAGCGGUCAGGAUCAUGAAGUUCCAUGUGGCAAAGAAGAAGUUUAAAGAGACGUUGCGUCCAUAUGACGUGAAGGACGUGAUCGAGCAGUAUUCAGCUGGACAUCUGGACAUGCUGUGUCGGAUUAAAAGUCUACAGACCAGGGUGGAUCAGAUCCUGGGGAAGGGUCAGGUUCCUCUGGAUAAGAAGCUGAGGGAGAAGAUGCUGGCUGAUGGAGAUUUGCUGGAGGAUGUUAGCAUGCUGGGGAGAGUGUGUAAGGUGGAGAGGCAGGUCCAGUCUAUUGAAUCUAAGCUGGACUCCUUGCUGGACAUCUACCGGCAGGUCCUGCGUAAGGGCUCCCCCUCGGCAAUCAAUCUCUCCUCCUUGCCGCUGUUUGAGCUCGAGCAGACAUCUGACUACCAGAGUUCGGCCUCGCAGUUCAGCCGCUCAAACAACUCCAACCUGUCCCAGGGCCUCAACGAGCUCAACUUCAACCUCAACAACUCGUCUGGAUCUCCUCCUGGUGGAGCUGUCCCAACCUCUGCUCCACCUUUUAGCCCCUCCCCACUCCAGCCUCCAGCCACGCCCACCCCCGAGGGUCCGCCCAUUGGUGGGAGCCCACCUCCUAUCCUCAUGCCCAAUAACAUCCACUCUAGCGGGAUGCAUUUUCCCAACAUUGGCCUCCUCCCUCCACCUCCAUUGUCAACAGCUUCUACAAGGCUUCAGCUGCCCCUGUUGGCGUCCCAGUCAGGCCGGACCAACAACGGCUCAAUACCACCUCAGUCCAACCCACCAAAUGACUACCCUCCUUCAUAUUUAACCAGACCCCAGAAGGAUUUAGCCCUUGGAGAGCCAGCAUUGGGGAGGCUGCAGCAGAAAAGCAGGCCCAGUGCCAAGGAGGACGGUUCCUGGAGGAGACACAUGAGCCUAGAGAUGGAGAUGGAGAUGGAGAUGUAUCCCUUGGCUGCGCUUUCUCCAGGCAACGGGGGUCAAGCACUGGAGAAAUCCCUUUCAGUCCAAGACCUCAUGGAAGCUCCAGAAGUGGACGGGCAAGGGAGUCUUUCGGCCAGCAGCAGCCAGGACUCUGGAGGGGGCUGGUGUGAAGCUGACCUUUUCAUUGCCGAUAGUGACCUGGAGAACUCAGUUCAGACUCACUCUGACUUUGGCUUCCUGUCUCAGCCUGCAGCUGAUGUUACGUUCUCCUCUGAGCUUCUGAGGACCACAACAGCAGGAGAAAACCUCAACCUACCCAACGCGGGUGGCACCGAGCCUUUCAGUAUGUCGCACGUUCGACUAAAUUGACUUGAUGAACUCUGGUCAGACUCUUACAUGAACAGUUCGGUCAGAAAUGCUAAUGUUACUAACAGUGAAUGAAAGUGAUUAGGCAGCAAUUAGCAUUAUGCUAACUGAAAGAAAAAUAACUUGGGGGUGUAGCAACUCAUAAAAUUUGUAAUUUGAUUUCGUAUGUGCGCCUGUCCCCCGGGCCCCGAUGACGACCGCGAGAGCCAGCAGGAAGGCGAGACCUGAACCCUGAGCGAGGACGAAGCACCAUGAGGAUGGCAGGGAGAAGAAAUUCACAGGGAGUGGUAAUGGGAACGGUGCAUGAAUCCCGAACUCCGCUGCCCAGGCCCCCAUCCUGUUCCACAGUGAGGCCCGGGAGACAGGUGCAUGCCACAGUUUGAUACAGUGGUGUCUCAAUUCCUUACAUUUUUCGAUACAGCAAAAAAGGAGUGGCUGAAAAAGGCUUGCAUUAAUACAGUCAUGUGCAAAAGUUUGGGUGCCCUUUGAAAUGAUGCAUUUUGUUGAUUUUCUAAGUGAAAGUAAGUUAACUAAUCAUCUACAGAGAACAAAUUUUACGCCCUUUAAUGCAGAAUUACAGUUUAUUUGCCAAAUUUGACAUAUUUUAGGUACAAAAACAUAAAAUGUGGCAUGUGUAAAAGUAAUGGCGCUUUAUUGAUCUUAUUUUUUUCUAAUAAAAUCUUCCGCAAAUAAAUAGAAACCGUGCACUAAACUGUGCAUCAAACAUUUGUAUAUGACUGUGUUACAGUUUAAAUUUUCAGCUUGUUAGAUCAUUCAACAUUAUAAAAUUGCAGUAUUUAUAACUAAAAUUAAUGCUGUAGCCACAAGCUAACAUGAUAGUCACGUUACAAAAAUACAAAACAAUACAAUAUGAUAUAUUGUACUGUUACAUCCCUAAUUAAAUUAGCUUGAUUUAAAUGUUUGCAUUAUUUCCACAUAGGUUUUUUACAUCAACACAGUUUAUGAAAUAGUGUGAAACUUCUUUUAUUCAUGUGGAAAUGAUGUACACAUUUGAAUAGAGUGAAUCCAGCACAUCACUUUUUAUUCAGUGUAGCGUCAUGGCAAUUGUUACUAGCUUUCUUUCAUCGUUAGCCAGGUUAGCAUAUUUGCUUGAGCUGCUCCUUUUAAUGAAUGACGCAAAGCUUGAUCUGAAAGCUUUGUCUUAUUUUGAAGAAUUUUAUUUCGGAAAAAAAACAGUGAAGGGAGGUUAGCAGAGGGUGGGUUAGUGGGUUGGAAUGGGGAGGGGGCUGUAGUUUAAGUUUGUUUUUUUAAUUUCAAUUAUUUUUAUUUCAUUUUUAUAACUAAAUGUUUAGUAGUGAUUAAUUUAAAAGAAAGGAAAGCGUUUCAUACCGUUGAUCAUACAUGAUGACAUAUCAUUGCAUGCACCAUUCUUUUUCCAGCUGAACCAUACUGAUAGCACAGAUCAACAGGGAGAGAUAAUCCAACGACAGCUGUUAAAACUCAGUAAGACAUGGUGAAAACAGAACUGCAUGAGCAUUGCAUGAUUCCAGCACAAGUACAUAAAGUAGUGACCGCAUUAUUCGCUGAGUCCUGCCCCCAGAUGACUGAUGUUAAACUAGGAAGGAAAGUUUUUAACAAGUUGGCUUGACAAAAGUAUUAUAAUGUAUGUUUUAAUUGGUCGACAGUGGUAUUAAUAUUUAAUUAGAAUAGAAUAUCUAGCCUCUAUGAGGUUUAUCUGAGGAUAUGUACCACUUGAACUUGAAGGACUUCUUUUUUACAUUUAGCUCUUUGUUUGAAAUGGAAUGAUGAAAAAAUAGGCUGUAGACAAAAGAUUAUAAAAGUACAUUUUAGAUAAAGGAAUGGUAACUUUUUUCAAAGCCAAAAGGAAUUCAGUAUUAAAGGAUGGAUGAAAAAGGGAGAGAUACAAAAAGGUCUGUAAUAAUAAUAAUAAGAAGAAGAAGAAGAAUAGCAAUUCAAAUAUAUAAUUGAGUGUUUCAAGUUGGCAAUAUAAAGUUUCAAGCCAAAUUAGGUCAAGCCAACUUAAUUCUAUCUUCUUUUGCUCUGUAACUGAAGGUCCUACAGAAAUGUUGUUUUUUUUUACACUUUCCAACUGUUACAUUGCAUCAUAAACUUUGUUUAUUUUUCUUCAGAUACAAUAAGUGCCGGACACAUUGAUGGACGCCUUUGCUGCUGAACAUUGUACAGUUUUGAUAUCUUCAAUUAAAUACUGAGUAGAGCUUAGAAUUCCA